AAAGAAUUGACAAAAGAAGACCAAUGAUCCGAUCUAGUUAACAAUGUAUUAAUGAAUAAGUAUACAUUAACAUAAAGUUCAUAAUACGUAGUAAUUUUUAUUUCACUUCGAACUCGUGUAGUAUUUGAUUUGACCAUAUCUUAGUGUAUCCCAAUAUAUAUACCACAAUACCACAUGUGAAUGAGUAAAUUAAAGUAGAGCUUUCCAUUUUGAUUUAGAGAAAAUAGAAACUGAUAAUACAACUUUGUAGCUAUUUUGUUACAAUAGUCCCCCCUAAGCGUAAUUUAGGAUUAAUUUCACCUUUGCACCGUAUCUUCUUUCAACAAUAUUGACCGGUUGAUGAGUUGCUAUUCCAGAUUAUUUACUUUUCUUCUCAAAACAUUACAUCAAAAAUUGCACUUUUCACAAAUGAUAUCCAAACGAUUUUCCGUAUCAUUUUUCUUUUUUCUCCCUAAAAGUUUUCCCUAAAACAAAAGAAAAUAACCUUAAAUGCUUUCGUCAACCGGUCAGGGACCAAUGAAAAAGAAGAUAGGGUACAAAUGUGUAAUAUUCCUCAAUUACGAUUAUUAGUUUUCUUUUUUUUGAUGUCUCAUUAACUUUGUCACUUUCCCAUUUAAGUAAAGAAUUUGUGGUUCCAGUUAAUUCCCUCUUCUGCACAAACUACAAUUUUUACUUUAUUAAUCGUCGUGCUGGUCAAACUUGUCAAAGUUAUUAGGGACGGAUGGAGUAUUUUUAAUGAAAUUAAAAAAAUUGUUCUAAAAAAAGUUACAAGAAAAUGAACCCGUCCUCUUCACUGCGGGCUAUUUAUAUGUCCUUCAGUCCUUAGUUUACUAUCAUUAAGUAGGAGUGAUUUAUAAUACGAAGUACUACAUAGUAGUUAAUUAUUUACUUAGUCCAAGCUAAGCAAGAAAUGAUUGAGAAGCUUUGGGAUGAGGUUAUGGCCGGACCUCACCCCGGCGAUGAGAGCACCCGCGGCGGCGGCGGCGGCCUUGAGAAGCUUCUGAAGACCCGCCCCCUCUCUAUCCAGACAAGUGUAGUGGAUGAAGCAGCCGCAGCUGGCGGCAGCAGCAAGUGGUACCAAAGGUCGCCGGCAAGCCCAACGACCCCUUCCCCGACGGCGCGUAAGGACAACGUGUGGAGGAGCGUGUUCCACCCCGGAAGCAACCUUGCCACCCGGAAUAUCGGUGCCGAAGUCUUCGACAGGCCUCUUCACCCCAACUCUCCCACAGUUUACGACUGGAUGUAUAGUGGAGAAACAAGAUCCAAGCACCGUUGAAGAGAUCGAUCGAUCGACGGUCUGAAACUGUUCGAUCGGGUCAUAACCAAUCGGCUCAGGGUUGUAGCUACAAAAUUAAACGUACCCAUCAAAAUAAUUUCAUGAUCUUGAGCCGUCUGAUUGUGAUCCAACGCCCCUUGCGAAUGUGAUCACCGCCAGUGCUCUGUUUUAAGCUUCAAUCAUCUUUCCUUUCUGAUCUGUUGUUUUUGUUUAUCAUUACUACUGCUACGCUAAAUUGUAAAUGUAUCUCCGGUUUCUGUGUGUUAUCUUGGUCUCUGUUUGCUAUCUUGCACUUCUUUUUGUUUGCCUAG